AUGGCCGGGACGUGGAUCCUCUCCGCUGCCUUCUUCUCCGCCAUCCUUUUUCCAGUCUCAGCUGCAUCCUCUACUACGUUCACCGUGAAGAAUAACUGCCCGUUCACGAUCUGGCCCGCGACACUCACCGGCGGGAGAUCGGCGCUGCUCCCUCAGACCGGCUUGGAGCUCGCAUACGGUGAGUCGCAGUCUCUGGACGCGCCGGCCGGUUGGUCGGGCCGGUUCUGGGCGAGAACGCGGUGCACCACCGACUCGACCUCGGGCAGGUUCUCGUGCGCCUCCGGCGACUGCGGCAGCGGGUCCAUCGAGUGCAACGGCGCGGGAGGGGCGCCACCCACCACGCUGGUGGAGUUCACGCUGCAGGGUGACGGGGGGAAGGACUUCUACGACGUGAGCUGCGUCGACGGCUUCAACCUGCCGGUGUCGGUGACGCCGCGGAGCGGGCAGGGCUGCAGCUCGAUCUCCUGUCCGGCGGACAUCAACGCAGGCUGCCCGCCGGAGCUGCAGGAGAGAGCGAGGGACGGGGCGGUGGUGGGCUGCAAGAGCGCAUGCCUGGCGUUCGACACGGACUGGUACUGUUGCAGAGGAGCGUACGGGACGCCGAGCGCAUGCAAGCCGACGAGUUACUCCAUGUUGUUCAAGAAUGCAUGCCCUCAAGCUUAUAGCUACGCUUAUGACGACGCCACCAGCACGUUCACCUGUGUUGGUGCAAAUUACCUCAUCACAUUCUGCCCUUAA